UGGGCGGGGUUCAGCUCGUAAAGCUUCAGGCUUCUAGUUCAGUGUUUUAUCAGAUGGGUUCGGCUUCGUUUCACACAAAUACUCCUUAAGCUUUUUUUUAGUACCACCGCCUUCUCAACUUUUAAUCCAGCCAUUUGUUUGGGAUCUUUGACUUCUUUUGCACACUACUCCUAGCUGCGACUUAUUGGUUUACUGACGUCCAUUUGGCGUUAGGUGAUGAUGAUGAUGAUGAUGAAGACGCAUCCGUUCGCGUAUGAAGUGAAUGUAACAGCAGCUCAGCGGAUUCGGGGAAUCAUUCUGGGCGUCGUUCUGUUUCCUGUCCGCAUCACCCUCGCCACCCUCUUCUUCCUGCUCAUGUGGCCCAUCGCUCGGCUGCGACUGGCCGGUCUGUCGGAGGCGGAGCGGGCGGAGCCUGUGCGGGGCUGGCGUCGGUGGCUCUUCCAUCACAUCAUGCUCUUACUCAGCCGCGCCGUCUUCUUCUCCGUGGGCUUCCUGUGGAUUAGGGUCAAAGGGCGUCAGGCGAGACUGAAGGAAGCGCCAGUUUUAGUCGUAGCGCCUCACAGCGGCUUCCUGGACAUGCUGGUGCUUUGCGCGACGGGUCUGCCGAUGGUCGUGUCGCGGUCGGAGAACUGCAGACUACCCGUCAUAGGAGCGCUGUUGGAGUUCAAUCAGUCUGUGUUAGUGAGUCGAAAAGAUCCUGAAUCCAGGAAGAAAUGUGUGUCUCAGAUCUGUGAGAGAGUCACGUCUGACGGCCGCUGGCCUCAGAUGCUCAUGUUUCCAGAAGGAACGACGACUAACGGCCGAGCUCUGAUCAAAUUCAAACCUGGAGCGUUUCUGGCCGGUGUUCCCGUUCAGCCCGUCUUGCUUCACUAUCCCGGUGAACCGGACACGGUUCGCUGGACCUGGAAAGGACUGACGUGGCUCGGCACUCUGUGGCACACCACCUCUCAGAUCUACACCAGCGUUACCGUGGAGUUCCUGCCCAUCUACACGCCGUCACAGGAGGAGAAGCAGAACCCGGACUUGUACGCCGAAAACAUACAGAAACUCAUGGCCAAAGCUCUGCGUGUUCCUGCCACCGAUUAUGUGAUGGAGGGUCGAUUUCCUGUUAAAAAGCUCGGAAACCUCUCGCUUCCCCUGGAGCCUCCGGCACAGGAAACACUCAAACUGCUCCGUGAACACGGUCUCACUAACGCUCGUGUGGAGACCGUGAUGAACAACGUGAUUGACAGCUGUCACUCAGGCCAGAGCACCAUAGUAACGGCCGAUCACCUGACCACUCUUUUGGGGCUCAAGGACAGAAAGACGGCGGUGAAGAUCUGCUCGCUUUACUCAAAGGAUGAUACGGUGGAUCUGAGGCAGGUUUGUCUGAGUGUUUCUGCCGUUUCUGGGUUCAGGAGUCUGGAGUCUCUCAUACACACUGUGUUCACGUGGUACGACUCUGACCAGGACGGGCUGCUGAGCGCGGGAGAUCUGUCCGGUCUGAUGGGGGCGCUGGUGGGCAUCCCUCAGUACGAGGUGGAAGAGAUGUACUCCGCGCUGACCACCAGGGGGCGACCGACUGAAGCUUCUCUGCAAGACUUGCUGAUGAUGCAUCCAGUUUAUCGGAAAGUCCUUCACGAGUAUCUCCACUCCAGCGGGCUUGCAGACGGAAAUCACAAUGGGAUUCCCAACGGGAACAACAACGGGAUUUAUAGCGUUAGCCCUCCGACUGCGCAAGCAUUAACUAGCAUGGACUGUGAGCGCAAGAGAAUGUCAUAGUGAGGUUACGUUUACAUGAUUUCUUCCUUGUGCCUUAUUGUUAAUUUGUCCUGUGGAAUGAUACUGUGAGAAUAUACCUAAUCAAUGUGCCUUGGAACGAAUACCUAUAUAUAUAUAUAUAUAUUUUAUCAUGAAGUCUGAAGGAUCUGUGUGUGUAUUUAAAAGUGUAUAUUUUAAGCUUUGUAUAUUGGAAAAACCAAAGAUGUACUGUACUGCGAAGGAAUUCUGUCGAAGUGUCAUUUUAUACUUUAAUAUAUUAAACUUCUUAAA